AUGUCAAAAGGCUUGGAUAUUGUAUUCGUGGUUUCUAGCCCGGACAAUCCGCCGUCGCUGGCCUAUGAGAGCGGGCUGACUAUUGGCAUAGCCAUACCUCUGAUUACUAUCGCAUUUUUUUCUAGGACAUAUGUGCGGAUCUUUAUCAAAAGGUCAUGGAUAUUUGAAGACUGGCUCGCAUUCAUAGCAUGGGCUGGCACCAUUGCCUAUUGUGGCAUUAUGGAAGCGACCAUGACGCACCAUGGAGGUCAACAUGCGUGGGAUAUCACCAUAGAACAAGCCCACGAAGCUGCCUAUUGGUUCAACGUAGCGUCGAUCGAAUAUGGAGUCAUUAUUUGCUUCACAAAGCUAGCUAUUCUAUGGCUAUAUCGACGAUACUUUUCACCCAUUCGAUGGAGUGUAUUUGACAUUAUCAUUGUAUCUUUAAUUACCAUUUUAAUCGGCUUUUACGGCGUUACUUCAUUCGUGAAAAUAUUUGAAUGUAGUCCGCGAGCAAGGAUUGAGGAUAAGUCGAUUCCGGGAACUUGUAUCGACGUUUCUCGACUGCUCAAUACUAGUGGGAUGUUCAACACAAUCACUGACUUUCUAAUUCUACUGCUCCCAGUCCAUGCAGUGUGGAAGCUGCAGCUUACUCCAAUAAAGAAGGUUUAUAUUGUUCUUAUCUUUACUUUUGGACUCUGUGCUCCUGUAUUUAGCAUGAUUGGAUUCGUGGUCCGCCUCAGAAUCAGCGGUAACCCUGACACAACUUGGAACCAGCCAGAAAUUCUCCUCUGGGGAGCUGCGGAGCUCACCAGCGGUAAUCUAGUCGUCUGUGCCCCUGAAGUUGGCGCAUUACUGAACCGACGAGCCCGUCGAACCAAUUUGAAGAGACCAACGACAAGCAUAUUACAAGCUUCAGCAGCACGAGUUGCCGAGGCAAGAGCCGCUCAUCGGAAGAAAGGCCAGAAUGCGUGUUACUACGAACUAGAAGAAGGGCAGCUUUACGGCUCGCAAUCUCACCCCGAUGAUAGUAUUGACAGCAAGACGAGGAUCUACGAGCCUAAACACGGCUCAGUACAAGUUCGUCAUGAUAUUACUAUCAGUAGGCAAUGAAUCCCGGGUGACAAUAGAGAGCAGUAGUAUAUUUUCUGAGCUGGAUAUCUCAUAAAUCCGGGAUAGGUAGAGU